UAAAAAAUGACUUUACAUUAUUUUAGGAUAUUUUCACAUCUACUAGACAGUUUCAGACAUGAAAGGAUUUCUAGUGUGUUCACUUGUUCUCUUCUCCUGUCAACAAUCCACUUCUAAAAGCUAUCUUAUUGAAACCAAGGAUAGUGUGACUGUGGCACCAUUAGCACCACUACCAGUUUACACAGCAAAUGCAACACCAGCAACUCCAGCACCACCAGCACCUGUAACAUUGGCAACAAAAGCUCCAAAAGGUUACGUUGGUAAUGAUUACAUGGAUAUGGGAACAAAAAGAGGAUACACAAAUGAAAAUGCAGACACCAAUUCAGAAACUAUUAAAACAUACGGAGGCGGUAAAAAUGUAGACACCAAUUCAGAAACUAGUGAAACAUACGGAGGCACUGAAACCAGUGAAACAAGUGGAACCAAUGAAAAUGUAGACACAAAUUCAGAAACUAGUGGAACAAGUGGAACCAAUGAAAACACCAAUUCAGAAACAAGUGAAACAAGUGGAACCCAUGAAAACACAAAUUCAGAAACAAGUGGAACAAGUGGAACCUAUGAGAACACAAAUUCAGAAACUAGUGGAACAAGUGGAACCAAUGAAAACACAAAUUCAGAAACUAGUGGAACAAGUGGAACCAAUGAAAACACCAAUUCAGAAACUAGUGGAACAAGUGGAACCAAUGAAAACACCAAUUCAGAAACUAGUGGAACAAGUGGAACCAAUGAAAACACAAAUUCAGAAAGUAGUGGAACAAGUGGAACCAAUGAAAACACAAAUUCAGAAACAAGUGAAGCAAGUGGAACCUAUGAGAACACCAAUUCAGAAACUAGUGGAACAAGUGGAACCCAUGAAAACACAAAUUCAGAAACAAGUGGAACAAGUGGAACCAAUGAAAACACCAAUUCAGAAACAAGUGAAGCAAGUGGAACCUAUGAGAACACCAAUUCAGAAACUAGUGGAACAAGUGGAACCAAUGAAAACACCAAUUCAGAAACUAGUGAAACAAGUGGAACCAAUGAUAACACAAAUUCAGAAACAAGUGGAACAAGUGGAACCAAUGAAAACACCAAUUCAGAAACAAGUGGAACAAAUGAAAAUGUGAAUUCAGAAACUAAUGAAACGUAUGAAGGCACUGGAAAUGAAAACACCAAUUCAGAAACUAGUGAAACAAGUGGAUCUCAUGAAAACACAAAUUCAGAAACAAGUGGAACAAGUGGAACCAAUGAAAACACAAAUUCAGAAACAAGUGAAACAAGUGAAACCUAUGAGAACACCAAUUCAGAAACUAGUGAAACAAGUGGAUCCCAUGAAAACACAAAUUCAGAAACAAGUGGAACAAGUGGAACCAAUGAAAACACCAAUUCAGAAGCUAGUGAAACAAGUGGAACCAAUGAAAACACAAAUUCAGAAACAAGUGAAACAAGUGGAACCAAUGAAAAUGUGAAUUCAGAAACAAGUGGAACCAAUGAAAAUGUGAAUUCAGAAACUAUUGAAACAUACGAAGGCACUGAAAAUGGAAACGUGAAUUCUGAGACUAGUAAAACAGGAGGAACCAAUGAAAAUGUAAGCACAUAUGCAAGGAAAAGGGGUGGAUCUGGCUGGAAGAAAGGUGGAGCUGACUGGAAGAAAGGUGGAGCUGACUGGAAGGAAGGGGGAACUGGCUGGAAAGAGGGUGGAGCACGCUGGAAAGAGGGUGGAGCUGGCUGGAAAGAGGGUGGAGCUGGCUGGAAAGAGGGUGGAGCUGGCUGGAAAAAGGGUGGGAAGGGCUCCAAGUCAGGCUAUGAAUCCAGUUAUCAGGAAUCAGAGAAAAGUGAGAACCAAGAAGAAACAUCUUCAACAGAUUCUGAAUCAAGUAAUCAAGAAUCAGAGAAAAGUGAGAACACAGAAGAAACAUCUUCAACAGGUUCUGAAUCAAGUACUCAAGAAUCAGAGAAAAGUGAGAACACAGAAGAAACAUCUUCCACAGGCUCAGGGAAAUCUUCUAAAACUUAUGAACCUCAACCAUACAAAGUAGAAGGCAAAAGAAAUAAUAAUGCUGACAAUGACAAAGAAUCAAACAAAGAAAUCUUCGGAGAAUCUGAAUCAACUUAUUCAGAAACCAAUGAAGGAAAAGGAAAGGCAAAAGGGGCUGGAUGGGACAAAAAUGGAAAAGGGUCUAAUUGGAAAGGAGCAGAUUGGAAAGGCAAAAAGGGAGCUAACUGGAAAAAAAAUUGAUUUAAUCCUGAUCAAUGAGUUAGUAUUAGAAAAAAAAAGAAAUAUAUAUACAGUAUAUA